ACCCGGGAACUUCUGUGACGGGCUGCGAAUGUGGCUGGACCUGCGUUCUUGAAGACGACGAUCCACAAGACCCAACGAGACUGUGACCUCGACGACCCUCGACCAUCCGGGAGCUAGCUGCUGCUGUCCACUGUGCUGCAUACUACUCCGUACGGAUAUGUAUACACACACUCACUACGCACCACGCACCACGCACCACGCAAUGCUCCAAGGCUCGGUCUACAUGGUGGUCCCGUCACUGCUGACUGUCUUCAGUGUCUUGCAGAGAACAUGGCUGUCUGAGGUCAACAGUGGGUUUCCCCAAUUCGUUUCCAUGGUUGGCUGCCGAAUCGGAACCUAUCCAGCGCCGCCCUCAAGCCCGUCGAGCCCGUCGAGCAACGGAUCACUCGCCGAGUCUGUCGAUGCGGAUCGUGGGAGCGCUCAUCUUGGAUUCUUGGUUGACGACAUCGCUGAUCCAGCAGAUCAGGUGUAUCAGACACAGUGUCCUCAAGGGAUGCUUCUCUUUAACACCGCCGCUACCUGAACGUCGUCCUUCGAUGCCGGCUGUUCCUGCAGCUUCGUCGUCACUGGUUGGCAAAAUAGGACCGGAUGGAGGUGCGGGAAGCAAGCACCAAGCAAGCAAGCGACAACGAGCACCCACGCUCUGGGCCUCUGGCGAGGUGUGCCACGGGAGAAUAGCCGACCCGGCCCUAUCACACUGUGUCGGCAUCGCCCCAGAACUGCAACAUUCGUACCUUUUUACAAGACACACGCACGAGACGUUAUCCUGUCGGCACAUGGAAGACAACUGGAGCAAGCUUGUCAUCCUAGGUACCCCACUACGCAACUCGCCACCCCCUGAUACUUGUCCGUCGCCCACCUCACCCAAGUCACGACAAGCACGUACGGAGUACUUCUCACGAAUACGCAAACAAACAAACAAACUGCUAUCGUCAGGGUAUUCUGCACGGCGUACGAAUCUUGAUGGCCUGCACAUGUGUAACCACUUUCCGCCAAUGUUUGGUCUCGACUCUCGUGAAAAACUGUCGUACUCUUCGCCUUUCAGCCGACGAAAUCUUCUUACGGUCGAUCAACCCCCUCAGCCUUCCCCUUCGUACGGAAUCUUUCCUCCAUCUGGAACUUGACAAGUGACAAGACGCGACAUCCCAGACAUCCCGCCAUCCCUUUCGUCUUGGCCCUUCUUCCCACUGCGACUGUCUCCCUUCGCAACGAGCCGACCUGCAACGCGAGCUCGUCCCAUAUCCCUUGCUUCGGUGCUAUCUUCGCAAGCUUUACACUUUUGCCAGUCCGAACGGCCCAAAACUCUACGCGGGUGCCCUGCCCUCGGUCCGCCGCAAUAAUACCAACUGCACAGCAAUAGAAAUUGUACCAAACACACCUAACAGGCU